UUUUUUUGGACGGAAGAUUUCCCCUCUUCCUCGCUGCCGAUUGACAAAAAGGGAAACCAUCUUGAACUAGAAGCUCCACCGAUUUCCACAAUCAAGUUGGAUCUCUCGCUGUUGCUUGGUUCAAAUCUUGAAGGGGUGGAGAAAAGACCUAGCCGGAGAAGAUUUGUCAUGGAGACGGGGAUUCCCGAUAGAUCCUGCACCGGUUCCGGCCGACGCACCGCCGACGCCAAAGAGAUUCCGGGGCCAUCUGGAGCCUGGACAAAUGAGAAGCACCACUUGUAUCUUCAUUCAUUAGAAGCAUCAUUCCUCGAGCAAUUGCACCAAUCCAUCAGCUUGCGUGGCUGCUUGCGGAAGGUUGAUUGCAGGCCAUAUUCAUCCAGACAAGCCAAAGAUUGUAAUUCGUUGCAGCAGGGUACUUUUCAAAGAGAUAGCAAGCAAAAGAUCAACUGUGAAGGAGACGAGGACUUGUUCGAGAGCACUUGUGAUUCCCAUUUUGUAGAAGGAAGUCCUCCAUCGAUGCAUCAUGAUAUAUCCGAGGACUCGGAGCAUACAACAUCUAGUGAUCUCCACACUGCUUUUGGUAAAGAGGGGAAACGCAAGAGGAAUGAGUUGCCUGUUUCCCCUGCAUCAACACAAAGUUCGAGUGACACCAGUUUCUUAGAGGUUUCAGAUCAAAACUUCGCGGGUGAUGAUGAUGCUGUAUAUAAGUCGAGCCCGGCAUCCAGAUUCAAGAGGUCAAAGACGGAUGGACCAAGCGAUCAUUUUUCGGCAUUUCGCAAUACUGAAGACAUCACCUGAGCCGAGCUUCCAACUCGAAGAACGAUGCAUAUACAUCAUGGCUCACUUCCAUAAGGGCCUCGAAAGCUGAAGAACUCUGUUCAAAGAUUCCUUUAUCGGCAAUGUCCCACGAGCUAAGCUCCCUACAAUGUCUCUACUAUUUUCAGGGUAUGAACAACGAGCGCGCGGCAAUUCGAUAGGCACUCAAUUUGCACUUCUUUCCCUUUCAGAGCAGUUUUGUAGGUUCUUUUGUUCAAUAUAAUACAGAGAGAAACAUGGAAGAAACACACGUAGUAGGCUUAGAAGUUAGGAGCUGGAUUUGUGGCACUAAUGUAUAUAUGCCAAUACAUUGGGCCAUAGGUUCUUCUACGCUUAUACUUCCGUAAUGUGUAGCCUGGUUUCUUUGUAACGAAGUCUAUGAAUAUUGGUGAACACAGAUUCUUACCAUUUUGUAAGAAGCGCCUAUGAACAACGAUUGAACACAAUUCAUUUCAUAUGGAUA